AUGCCAAACGAACCCGAAACUGCAACGCUCCUUGAAUGGAUCAACAGCUUCCCCCUGGGCACCUCCAUCCAGUCCUCAGACGAUUUAUACGACGGAGUGAUACUCUGGGAGAUCCUACAGGACAUAGACCCCCACGAGUUCUUGGGUGUUCUUCCAGAGAGCUCGCCUGAAGACCACUGGGUGCUGAGAUGGCAGAAUCUCAAACACUUGCACAAGCUGCUGCUGAACUAUAUACGGAACCGAUAUGAUGGAGAGAUACCUGCCGGUCUCUCGACAGACCCCGACCUCAAGUCGAUUGCCGAGACGGCCUCGACAAAGGAGACCAACCGGCUGCUGAAGCUGUUUCUCAUGGCCGCCAUCAGAUCCCCUGGAGCCGAAUCGUACAUAGAGCGAAUGGUACAGCUCUCAACAGCAACACAGGAAGGCUUGAAGGGUAUAAUAGAAGAAGCACAAAACCCCUCACAGGACCGUCUGGACCAGAUAAAUUAUGAGCAGGACGAAUACAAGGCACGCCGUGACCUGGCCAUGGACCCAGAGCUGCAGUUCGAGGAACGUGUUGGGAAAUUGCUGGUCGAGAACGAUAAGCUAUCAAACGAGAAGAAACAGUUGGAGAAAGACCUGGAAGAGUUUCACCGGAAGGAUGUACGCCUUCGAGAAGCAAACGAGCUGCUGCAGGAUAAACUAAACAUCACGGAAGACCGUCUAGCAAGACUAAAGUCUGGCAAAGCCGACAUUGGACCGAAUUUCAAGGGCUACGAACACCGGACGCAAGAUAUAAUAGCCGCACAAGAAACUAAACUGACGGCCGCCCAAGACGAAAUCGACAGCUUGCGCAUAUCGCUCGAGACUCUCCGUGUUAAAAACCAAAAGUACCAGACUCUGCAAGACGAAUACGACGAGAUCAAGAUUGAGCGAGACCAGCUGGCUAGAAAAGCCAAUGCCGCUGAAAAAUACAGACAGAAGCUGCAGGCUAGUCAGGACUAUGAGAAAGAAAACCAGAUUCUGAAGAACAAGGUCAAGGACCUCCAGCAACAUCUGAAAGAAAGCGAUACACUUCAGCGGGUUUCCGCUGCUCGAGAGACAGAGGUUGAGAACUACAGACGACUGGUUGCGCGUGUCGAGCAGGACAGACAUGAGAUUCAAGAUCUAAAGAAGAAGCUGGAAUUUGACAAUCAUGCUCUAACGGAGAGGCUGCUAGGAGCUGAGGAACAGCGGACCCGGGAUGAAGAUACCAUCGGCAGACUACAGGAGAGGAUACGAGAGCUAGAGGGUCUUGAUAGCAGUCCAGCCUCCCCCAGACCGUCCACUCCUAAACCGCACGGCUCCAGUCUAGAGCGUGAUCUGGAAGAAAGUGGAAAGCGGGAAGCUCAGCUGUAA